CUUGUUAUGUUCAUACAAAUAUUUACACAUAAAAUGCAGUUGACAGUGAAGAGUUUAGUUCUUUCUGAUGGCUAAUCUGAUUCUUGCCCGCUAUCUCUAAUUCCAAGAAGUGUCUUCUUGACCCUUUGAUCUUUUUCCUUUAUAACAGUCUCUGCCUCUUAAACAGCACGAGUGGGUAAAGUCCAUCUCAGGGGCAGAUUAUUAACCUAGCUGAUCUGGUCCCCUCAACCCCCAUAAAAGGGCCCUAUACUCCUGUAUAGGGUUGAGGUCACACGUGUGUUGGCUAGUUGAGAGAGGGCAGCACCCAAAAGGAAACUAAGGAUCCAUCACAAACAACUGAGAGUCCAGAUGAAGAAGCAGCAAACAGAAACACGACCAGACCUCAAGAGUUGUGAUGUCCAGACUCAGACAGAGGAGCAGCAGGGUGCUGAGGAGGGGAAGCUGGCCGCAGAGGGACAGCAGCAGGGAGCUGAGGGGGGGAAGCUGGCCGCAGAGGGACAGGAGCAGGGAGCUGAGGGGGGGAAGCAGCAGCCAGGCUCUGACAUGAUCUACACCAUAGAGGAUGUCCCACCGUGGUACCUCUGCAUUCUACUGGGCCUCCAGCACUACCUGACGUGUUUCAGCGGGACCAUCGCUGUGCCCUUCCUGCUGGCGGAGGCCAUGUGUGUGGGACAAGACCAGUACAUGGUCAGUCAGCUGGUGGGAACCAUCUUCACCUGCGUGGGAAUCACCACAAUCAUACAGACCACAUUUGGAGUCAGGUUACCUCUUUUCCAGGCCAGUGCUUUUGCCUUCCUCAUCCCUGCCCAAGCCAUCUUAGGCCUGGAUAGAUGGAAAUGUCCCCCUAAAGAGGAGAUUUAUGGAAACUGGAGUCUUCCUCUGAACACCUCACACAUCUGGCACCCAAGGAUAAGAGAGAUCCAGGGUGCCAUCAUAGCAUCCAGUGUGGUGGAGGUGGUCAUCGGGCUGGUGGGUCUCCCUGGUCUCCUGCUGGACUACAUCGGGCCCCUGACCGUCACCCCCACCGUGUCCCUCAUCGGCCUGUCUGUAUUCCAGACCGCUGGGGACAGAGCCGGGUCUCACUGGGGCCUCUCAGCACUGUCCAUCUUCCUCAUCGUGCUGUUUGCUCAGUAUCUGAGGAACUGGUCCUUCCCUCUCCCCUCCUACAACAGAAAGAACGGCUUCAGCACCGCCAGGGUUCAGAUCUUUAAGAUGUUCCCGAUCAUCAUGGCCAUCAUGUUGGUGUGGUUGCUAUGUUACAUCCUGACCCUGACCGAUGUGCUGCCCAGUGACCCCAGCCAGUACGGACAGAAGGCACGCACAGACGCUCGUGGUGACAUCAUGACCCUCUCCCCCUGGUUCCGGGUCCCUUACCCCUGUCAGUGGGGGAUGCCCACGAUGACCAUCGCUGGGGUGCUGGGCAUGUUCAGCGCCACACUAGCUGGCAUCGUAGAGUCUAUCGGUGACUAUUACGCCUGUGCCCGCCUCUCAGGGGCACCCCCCCCACCUGUCCAUGCCAUCAACAGGGGUAUCUUCACAGAGGGGGUGUGUUGUAUUAUAGCAGGACUGCUGGGUACAGGAAAUGGCUCCACCUCUUCCAGUCCCAACAUUGGAGUUCUGGGAAUCACUAAGGUGGGAAGCAGGAGGGUAGUACAAUACGGUGCAGCCAUAAUGUUCCUGUUAGGAACUGUGGGGAAAUUCACUGCCCUCUUCGCAUCGCUGCCUGACCCCAUUCUAGGUGGUAUGUUCUGCACCUUGUUCGGUAUGAUCACGGCUGUGGGCUUGUCCAACCUGCAGAGUGUAGACCUCAACUCCUCUAGGAAUCUUUUUGUCCUCGGCUUCUCCAUGUUCUUUGGCCUAAUGUUGCCCAAUUACCUAGACAUGCAUCCCGGCUGCAUCCAAACAGGAGUUGCAGAGGUGGAUCAAAUCCUUACAGUGCUCCUGACCACGGAGAUGUUUGUCGGAGGCUUCCUGGCGUUUGCUCUGGAUAACACCAUCCCAGGCACCAGGAGGGAGAGAGGGCUGCUGGACUGGAAGGCAGAUGAGAGCAGGGGGGGAAGCUCAGCGAACAUGCGUACUUAUGACUUCCCUAUUGGAAUGAGCUGCGUUAGGAAAGUCAGCUUCCUGCGCUAUCUACCCAUCUGCCCCAGCUUCCAAGGCUUCAUGCGAUGCAGACGGAAGGACAGCGUUCAGGAAAACAUGGAGGAUGAAUUAAGAGAGAGGAAUGAGAGUUUACGCAUGGACACAACAAUUACCUUGGCCUGUACCAAAGUAUAGUAACCCUGCAAUGAUUCCUCUUUAAGAUCAUUUUAUACUGAGCUGAAUUUUUCACAGCUAUUUAUUGUUUUUGGACACUUACAGUUGUAAUCGAAAAAUGUCUGCAAUGAUGUUGCAUUUUUGAAACUGGAAUGUUAUUGACCAGAGCACAUUCCUCACCACAUUGAUUUGUAGCCCAGUUUGUCUACUUGUCCCCAUUUUUCUACUCACCACUAUCACCUUACAGCACUCUGUUUCUAAGUUGAAGAACAAAGAGUCAUAUAUUCAGAUGCAUACUGACCUUAUACUUGUAUGUAGACUGUAUUGAACAAGCAGAGCCAACAUUAACAAUGUUUAUUUAGUAAGUCUUUAUCGUGUACAAAAUGAUAGUGUAUCUCUUCUGAUGAUCUGAAACUUAAACACAUGUGAGGUUAUGAAAAAACCUUUAUGAUAUAAAACUAAAAUAUAAUUAAGGAAAGCAUUCCUACUUUUGACUGUCAAAUGUUUGUUUACAUUAUUAAGUGUUAGAAUAACAUGUUAAACAGACCAAUGAGAGUAGAGACGUCAAUGAACUGAUUUGACAAAGUGCCGGAAGAAAGAAAUCCCACAUGUCUAGUCAAUAUGGUAAUUGUGCUGUACUAUUAACUGAGAGACUGAACCGUGAAACGACACUGUGCUAUUAACUGAGAGACUGAACUAUGAAACGACACUGUACUAUUAACUGAGAGACUGAACCGUGAAACGACACUGUGCUAUUAACUGAGAGACUGAACUAUGAAACGACACUGUACUAUUAACUGAGAGACUGAACCGUGAAAUGACACUGUACUAUUAAUUAACUGAGAGACUGAACCGUGAAACGACACUGUACUAUUAACUUAGAGACUGAACUAUGAAACGACACUGUGCUAUUAACUGAGAGACUGAACCGUGAAACGACACUGUACUAUUGACUAAGAGACUGAACUAUGAAACGACACUGUGCUAUUAACUGAGAGACUGAACCGUGAAACGACACUGUACUAUUAACUGAGAGACUGAACCGUGAAACGACACUGUACUAUUAACUGAGAGACUGAACUAUGAAACGACACUGUACUAUUAACUGAGAGACUGAACCGUGAAACGACACUGUACUAUUAACUGAGAGACUGAACUAUGAAACGACACUGUGCUAUUAACUGAGAGACUGAACCGUGAAACGACACUGUACUAUUAACUGAGAGACUGAACUAUGAAACGACACUGUACUAUUAACUGAGAGACUGAACCGUGAAACGACACUGUACUAUUAACUGAGAGACUGAACCGUGAAACGACACUGUACUAUUAACUGAGAGACUGAACUAUGAAACGACACUGUACUAUUAACUGAGAAACUGAACCGUGAAUUGACACUGUACAGAUUGGAAGACUGUGGCACGUGUGUGACCUCUAGAAGUGAUUCUAAAAAGGCUCAAACCAAGAGGCUAGGAUCUAUUGAUCUACCAAGGAAGCACAGGAUCUGUAUCUUUAUGACUGUUCAUGAUUGAUUUCACUGUGACAUGGUGAAAUGUUGAAUUUAAUUUUCCCUUCCGUAUUACACUCUGAGCCUUUUUCUGUCAGAGUCUCUGUCAAUAGCGCCUGACUCAUUGCAGUCUCCCUGGCGAUUAGUUUGUAAUCUGACGACAGCUGCCCUCUCGCUAUGUUCAGGUCACGCUCUUCAAGUAAACAAUGGUAAGACGGAAAAGACAACAAAAGCUUAUGCAGGUCAUAGGAAAAAUGUGAUCCUAUCAAACUUUGUUGUUAUUUUUAGAAAACAUUUCACUCAGUGUAAAAAAUAUCAACCACUAAAAAUCGAAUUUCUACAUUUCUCCUUUGAAAUUUGGAAAAAUAUAAUCUGUGUUUUUAAGAAUGUGUUGUUCUAUCUAUAUUACACAACUAGACGUGAAAAACAUUACCACCAACAACAAAAAAACAGUUUGUUUAUGUUAGAAAAUGUGUAAACGAUCAUCAGGUAUCUGCCCACAAAUACACAUUGUCAGUAGGAAAGGGAGAGGAGGGUUCAUGGAACCAGGGGUAAACACACUGGAUGAAUUUUAGGUAUGCAAAACAACACACGCAGCGCUUUCAGAAAGUCUUCAUACCUAAUUGACUUAUUCCACUUUUUGUUGUGAUACAGCCUGAAUUGAAAAUGUAUUAAAUGUCGAUUUUUUUCCCACGGGCCUACACACAAUACCCCAUAGUAUCAAAGUGGAAUUAUGUUUCUCGACAUUUUUACAAAUUAAUUAGAAAAAAGAAAAAAAAAUGCUGAAAUGUCUUGAGUCAUUAAGUAUUCAACCCCUUUGUUAUGGCAAAUCAGUCAGGAGUAAAAAUGUGCUUAAGUCACAUAAUAAGUUGCAUGGGACUCUGUGUGCAAUAAUAGCGUGUACCAUGAUUUUUGAAAGACCACCUCAUCUCUGUAACACAUACAAUUAUCUGUAAGGUCCCCCAGUUGAGCAGUGAAUUGUGAACAGUGAACACAGAUUCAACCACAAAGACCAGGGAGGUUUUCCAAUGCCUCGCAAAGAACUGCACCUAUUGGAAGAUGACAUUGAAUUUAUUUGGAUGCUGUAUCAAUAUACUCAGUCACUACAAAGAUACAGGCGUCCUUCCUAACUCAGUUGCCAGACAGGAAGGAAACCGCUCAGGGAUUUCACCAUGAAGCCAAUCGUGACUUUAAAACAGUUGCAGAGUUUAAUGGCUGUGAUAGGAGCAAAACAGAGGAUGUAUCAACAACACUGUAGUUACUCCACAAUAUUAACCUACAUGGCAAAUCAACAUUUUAUUUUAUUUUAUUUGAUAGAGUGAAUAGAAGGAAGCCUGUACAGAUUAAACAUAUUCUGAAACAAGCAUCCUGUUUGCAACAAGACACUAAAGUAUUACUGCAACAAGACACUAAAGUAAUACUGCAAAAAAUGUGGCAAAGCAAUUCACUUUUUGUCCUGAAUACAAAGUGUUAUGUUUGGGGCAAACCCAAUGCAAUACAUUACUGAGUAGCAGGCUCCAUAUUUUCAAGCAUAGUGGUGGCAGCAUCAUGUACUGGGUACGCUUAUAAUCAUUAAGGACUGGGGAGUUUUUCAGGUUAAAAAAGAAACAGAAUGGAGCUAAUCACAGGCAAAAUCCUAGAGGAAAACCUGGUCCAGUCUGCUUUCCAUCAGACACUGGGAGAUUAAUUCACCUUUCAGCAGGACAAUAACCUAAAACACAAGGACAAAUCUACACUGGAGUAGCUUACCAAGAAGAGAGUAUAUGUUCUUGAGUGUCCGAGUUGCAAUUUUGACUUAAAUAUACUUGAAAAUCUAUUGCAAGAUCUGAAAAUGGUUGUCUAGCAAUGAUCAACAACCAAUUUGACAGAGCUUGAAUCAUUUGUAAAAGAAUAAUGGGCAAAUGUUGCACAAUCCCGGUGUGGAAAGCUCUUAGAGACUUACCUAGAAAGACUCACAGCUGUAAUCGCUGCCAAAGGUGAUUCUAACAUGUAUUGACUCAAGGGUGUAAAUACUUAUGUAAAUGAGAUAUUUCUGUAUUUAAUUUUCAAUAAAUUAGCAUAUGUUUUCAUUUUGUUAUUAUGGGGUAUUGUGUGUAUAUGGUUGAGAAUUAUUAUUAUUUUUCAUCCAGCCUAACACAACCAAAUGUGGAAUAAGUCA